GCUGAUGACUUGGCGCUGGUGCUCCAAUCGCUGAGGUCCUUUGCUGCGAGCUUGACGAAGAUUGUGGCGGAAAAAAGGGAAGAGCAGAAGGCCAGAGAGAAACUGGCUGCCAAGUGGAAGGCGCAUGAAGAGAAACUGUUGGAAUCGCUGAUUGACACCUUCAAGAAGAAGUGCAUGCGAGAGGCGGAGCUGGAACGCUGUGAAGCGUCCAUUAGCUUCGCAUCGCUGGUCAGAGAAAUCUCAGAGUUUCCGACUCAUGUGAUCGUGGACUCACAGCACCUGGUUGAGAACUGGGGCGAUGGAGCUGCUUCGUGGUGGUACUACGUGCCUUGGAGCUGCUUCUUUAUACAGCACACUUCAGCACACUCUAGGUGA